AUGGCGGGGGAGGCGGUGCGGGUGGUCGUGCGCUGCCGGCCGCUCAGCCGGCGCGAGCGGGCUGCGGGCUGCCGGGCCGUGGUCUGCGUGGAGGGCGCGCGGGGCCGCUGCUCCCUGCAGAACCCCGCGGCCGCCGGCGAGCCCCCCAAGCAGUUCACCUUCGACGGGGCGUACUGCCAGGAGCACAGCACCGAGCAGAUCUACAACGAGGCCGCCUACCCGCUGGUGGAGGGUGUCACUGAAGGCUACAAUGGCACCAUAUUUGCCUAUGGCCAGACUGGCAGUGGGAAGUCAUUCACCAUGCAGGGAAUCAUGGAGCCUCCCACACAGAAAGGCAUAAUACCCAGGGCAUUUGAGCACAUUUUUGAGAGUGUACAGUGUGCUGAAAAUGCCAAGUUCUUGUUGAGAGCUUCCUACCUGGAGAUUUACAAUGAAGACAUACGAGACCUUCUAGGAGCUGAUACCAAGCAGAAGUUGGAGCUGAAGGAACACCCGGAGAAGGGGGUGUAUGUGAAGGGGCUGUCCCUGCACACCGUGCACAGCGUGGCACAGUGUGAGCAGAUCAUGGAGAUGGGCUGGAGGAACCGAGCCGUGGGUUACACCCUGAUGAAUAAGGACUCUUCCCGCUCCCACUCCAUCUUUACUGUCAAUAUGGAAAUCAGCACUGUAGAUAAGCAGGGGCAGAACCACCUCAGGGCUGCAAAGCUCAACUUAGUGGAUCUGGCAGGAAGCGAGAGACAGUCAAAAACCGGAGCCACGAGCGAGCGGCUCAAAGAGGCCACCAAAAUCAACCUCUCCCUCUCUGCCCUGGGCAACGUCAUCUCGGCCCUGGUGGAUGGCAGGUGUAGGCACAUCCCCUACAGAGACUCCAAGCUGACCAGGCUGCUGCAGGACUCCCUGGGAGGCAACACCAAGACGCUGAUGGUAGCGUGCUUGUCUCCAGCUGACACCAGCUACAACGAGAGCCUCAGCACUUUGCGCUACGCUCACCGAGCAAAAAACAUCAAGAACAAACCCUGUGUCAAUGAGGACCCCAAGGAUGCUCUGCUGAGGCAGUAUCAGGAGGAGAUUAAGAAGCUGAAAGCCAUUCUAGCUGGACAGAUGGGAGCAAACAACUUGUCAGGGCUGCUACCUGCUGAGACUGCUCACCUGGCAGCAAAGCCAGCUCCUCUCCACAAACCCCAGGUAGAUGUUGAAGCAGAGAAGCAGCUGAUCAGAAAAGAGUAUGAGGAGCAGCUGGCCCAGCUGAAAGCCAACUAUGAAGCAGAGCAGGCGUCCCGUGCCCGCCUCGAGGAGGACAUCAGCAGCCUGAGGAACCACUACCAUCUCAAGCUGUCUGCUCUGGAGGAGAACCUGGGGAAGGAAGCAGCUGCCAUGAGGACUGAAACUACUGACAAGACACCUUUGCAUGAAAACUCUGUUGCUGCAGCAGCUGAAGAACCAAUGUUAGCCCAGGUAUCCUUCAGGCUACUCCCACAAGGCCCAGCAGCACCUUGGGCUGCCCAAGGGGCUGGUGGUGUGAGCAGGGACAGUGCUGGAGCAGAGGUGGCUGUGGCUGCUGAGGGGAUUUCAGUGCUUGCAGACCAGCAGCAGGUGCUUGCCAGGCUGCAGAUGCUGGAGCAACAGGUGGUUGGGGGAGAACAGGCAGAAAACAAGGACCUGAAGGAAAAGCAUCAACGCCGGAAGAAAUUAGCGGAGGAGCGGCGGGAGCAGCUGGUGGCCGCGCUGCAGCAGGAGGACGAGGCCAGCAGCGACUGGGUUCUGCUGAAUGUCUAUGACUCCAUCCAGGAGGAGGUCCGAGCCAAGAGCAAGCUGCUGGAGAAGAUGCAGAAGAAGCUUCGGGCUGCUGAGACCGAGAUCAAGGAUCUGCAGUCGGAGUUUGAGCUGGAAAAGAUCGAUUACCUGGGCACCAUCCGCCGCCUGGAGCGAGACCUGAUGCUCUUCCAGCAGCUGCUGGAUCAGGUGCAGUCCCUUGUCCGGAGGGACUGCAACUACAGUAACAUGGAGAAGAUUAAGAGGGAAUCUGUCUGGGAUGAGGAAACUGGCUGCUGGAAAAUUCCAGAGCCCAUCAUUCAAAAAACCCGCCUGCCUGCAGCAGUUCCAUCCCCACCACAGCUCAAACCUGCUGGAAAGAGCCCCAAGAGCAGAGACCAGAGGCCCGAGGAGGAUCGCUACAAGCUACUGCUGAACCGCAGCGACAGCGAGACCAUCGCCAGCUCCUACUUCAGAUCCACACGGACCAGCCGGAUCCUCCCCCCGGACCUGACCCCCAGCCGAGCUGCCCCGGGGCCGGGGGCAGGUGCUCGGAGCGCGGCCCCCCGGCCCCGGCCCUUCCGCCUGCAGAGCCUCACGCUGCCCCCGGCCGCCCCCAGACGCCACGAGGGCUGCCCCAGCCCCCCGCUCUGCCCCCGGCACGGCUGAGGUGUCGG